UCGUACUGUCGGCAUUUUUCCUAGAAUAUGUCCAUCUGAGAUCGUACAAACGACCUCCCGCCCCUGCUCUACUACCCUUUCUACGUUCGAAUCCUAGAUUUAUUAAAUCAUGUUGAGGAACGUUGAGAUCAAAGCAGUGUUGAGGAAUGCAGUGGCAGCCCACGCGAGGGCCAAGGAACUGAGUCACAGCGAUGGAACAAUAAUUCACCAGACAGACACGUUUUUUAAGACUCCCCAAGGACGCCUGAAGCUCAGAUGCUUUGAGAAUGGCACCGGUGUGCUAGUUUACUACGAGCGUUCGGACACACAAGGGCCUAAACUCUCAGACUAUUCACUCGUGGAUUUGGCGACUGAAAAAUCGUGCGACGAGUUGAAGAAAAUUUUGGGAAAGGUCAAUGGAACGUCUGGAGUCGUGGAGAAGACGAGGCACCUGUACAUGGUGGGACAGUCCAGGGUGCACAUUGACAGAGUCACUGGCCUGGGAGAUUUUCUAGAAAUCGAGGUCGUCUUGGAGGAUCAUCAGAGCGUGGAGGAGGGCCAAGUCAUUUGUAAUGAUCUUCUCGCUAAAUUGGGGAUCUCUAAUGAUGAUUUAUUGGCGAAAUCUUAUGUGGAUUUGCUCCAGGAAAAGCAGAGCAGAGAAUGAGUGAUUGAGAUUUUUUGUAAGAGAUAUCUUCUGAUUUUUAUUGAAU